AUGUCGAACGAAGACAAUGUUAUACCAGGACAAAGUUGGAUUAUGUGUAAUAUGUGUUGUCGUCCAGCAUCAACCUCAUCUUCACGUGUUUCAUUUUAUUUGACAAAAUGCGGUCACAUAUUUUGUAACAAAUGUUUAAUUACGUCUUCCCGAGAUGUGACCCGUAUAUGUAUGUACUGUAAGAAGAAGAUUACAAUUUGCAGGAUUAGCCGCGAUAUGCCUCAAACGGUUCAAACAUAUUUUCGAUGUCCCAGAGAAUUAUUAGCUGAAUCAAUGGUUGAAAUUAUGCAAGUAAUCAGAUUUCAAACAAUGCACGCUGCAUAUUUGGUGAAGCGCUUUAAUAUGAUGCGAAUUAAUUACGAGAAACUUCGUCGGUUUUGUUUCGAAGUUCUACACAAGAAAAAGGCUUUGGAAAGGGAGCUGAUGAGUAAAGUUGGUCUUUCACAGCAUAGCAAUAUAUCAGCUGACGACAUGAACACUCCUGUAUUGCGAUCAGUUACUUCAUCCAAAAGUUUACAUUUGGUACGAAAUGUGGGAACGUCAAAAACAUCAGUUGCCUCCGAAAAUAUAUCGAAAUCUGGUAUGGAAUCAUUAAUUAUUGAAAAUUCGACUUGCUCUCUCAAUGAGUCGAUGAUUGUUGAUAUGGCAAAAAUAUCAGUAGAGAAUUCAGUGGUUCUUCGAAUGUCUCAUGAAAACCCAUCAGCUUGGUGA